ACCGUACCCGGGCGGCACGGGAACGACUCGGAGGCGGGAGGCGCAGUGACUGAGGCGCGUCUGCGGUAGUGACCUGAACGAGGUAGACCAUGAAUGUGUCUUCGGUGGCGUCGCUCGCUGGCCCGCUUUUCCUGAGGUUUCUCUAAAGCCAUACCCCAGUGGAACCUCUCCCAGCUUCCAGUGUUGUUGGUGGAAAAACAAGAUUUGUUUGGAUUCCUUAUCUUUGAUUUUGUGUACAAGUGCUUAUGGCAAAGAUGGCUGAUAUUAACCUCAAAGAAGUAACCUUAAUAGUAGGUGUGGUUACUGCCUGCUAUUGGAACAGCCUCUUUUGUGGUUUUGUUUUUGAUGAUGUUUCAGCAAUACUAGAUAAUAAAGAUCUGCAUCCAUCUACACCUUUAAAAACUUUAUUUCAGAAUGAUUUCUGGGGAACCCCUAUGUCUGAGGAGAGAAGUCACAAGUCUUAUCGUCCCUUAACAGUAUUGACAUUUCGCCUAAAUUAUCUGUUUAGUGAACUGAAACCAAUGUCAUAUCAUCUCCUAAAUAUGAUUUUUCAUGCUGCAGUCAGUGUGAUAUUUCUUAAAGUCUGCAGACUUUUUCUGGACAACAAGAGUAGUGUGAUUGCUUCUUUACUUUUUGCAGUGCACCCAGUACACACAGAAGCAGUAACAGGUGUUGUGGGAAGAGCAGAACUUUUGUCAUCUAUCUUUUUUCUAGCUGCAUUUUUGUCAUAUACCAAAUCAAAAGGACCAGAUAAUUCCAUAGUGUGGACUCCAAUUGCAUUGACUGUGUUCUUAGUGGCUGUUGCAACAUUGUGUAAAGAACAAGGAAUAACAGUUGUGGGAAUUUGCUGUGUGUAUGAAGUAUUUAUUGCCCAGGGGUAUACUCUGCCAUUAUUAUGUACUACUGCUGGACAGUUUCUCCGUGGAAAGGGUGGCAUUCCAUUUUCUAUGCUGCAGACACUAAUAAAACUCAUUGUUUUGAUGUUCAGUACACUAUUACUUGUUGUGAUUAGAGUCCAGGUUAUUCAAUCCCAACUUCCAGUAUUUACCAGGUUUGAUAACCCAGCUGCUGUAAGCCCCACUCCUACAAGGCAGCUAACUUUUAACUACCUCCUUCCUGUGAAUGCCUGGCUUCUGUUAAAUCCUUCAGAGCUCUGCUGUGAUUGGACCAUGGGAACAAUACCACUUAUAGAGUCAUUUCUAGAUAUUCGAAAUCUUGCCACAUUUACUUUCUUUUGCUUUUUGGGGGCUUUGGGAGUAUUCAGUCUCAGAUACCCUGGUGAUUCCUCCAAGACUGUUUUAAUGGCACUUUGUUUAAUGGCAUUACCAUUUAUUCCUGCAUCGAACCUUUUUUUUCCAGUUGGAUUUGUUGUUGCUGAGCGAGUAUUAUAUGUUCCUAGCAUGGGGUUCUGUAUUUUGGUAGCCCAUGGAUGGCAGAAAAUAUCAAACAAAAGUGUAUUAAAAAAGUUAUCCUGGGUUUGUCUGUCUAUGGUGAUACUCACUCAUGCCUUAAAAACACUCCACAGAAAUUGGGAUUGGGAGUCUGAAUAUACGUUGUUUAUGUCAGCCUUGAAGGUAAAUAAAAAUAAUGCCAAGUUAUGGAAUAAUGUGGGUCAUGCUUUGGAAAAUGAAAAGAACUUCGAGAGAGCUUUGAAAUACUUCUUACAGGCUACCCAUGUUCAGCCAGAUGAUAUUGGUGCCCACAUGAAUGUAGGAAGAACUUAUAAAAAUUUAAAUAGAACCAAAGAAGCUGAAGAAUCUUACAUGAUGGCUAAGUCACUGAUGCCUCAAAUUAUUCCUGGUAAAAAAUAUGCAGCCAGAAUUGCCCCUAACCACCUAAAUGUUUAUAUUAAUCUGGCCAACCUCAUCCGAGCAAAUGAGUCCCGACUGGAAGAAGCAGAUCAGCUGUAUCGACAAGCAAUAAGCAUGAGGCCCGACUUCAAGCAGGCUUACAUUAGCAGAGGAGAGUUGCUUUUAAAAAUGAAUAAACCUCUCAAAGCAAAAGAAGCAUAUCUUAAAGCACUAGAGUUGGACAGAAAUAAUGCAGAUCUUUGGUACAACUUGGCGAUUGUUCAUAUUGAACUUAAAGAACCAAAUGAAGCCCUAAAAAACUUUAAUCAUGCUUUAGAACUAAAUCCAAAGCAUAAGCUAGCAUUAUUCAAUUCUGCAAUAUUGAUGCAAGAAUCAGGUGAGGUUAAACUCAGACCUGAAGCUAGAAAACGACUUCUGAGUUAUAUAAAUGAAGAACCACAAGAUGCUAAUGGUUAUUUCAAUCUGGGAAUGCUUGCCAUGGAUGACAAAAAGGACACUGAAGCAGAGAUGUGGAUGAAGAAAGCCAUAAAAUUACAAGCUGACUUCAGAAGUGCUUUGUUUAAUCUAGCUCUGCUAUAUUCUCAGACUGCAAAGGAAUUAAUGGCUUUGCCAAUUUUGGAAGAGCUACUCAGAUACUAUCCUGAUCAUAUUAAAGGUCUCAUUUUAAAGGGAGACAUUCUGAUGAAUCAAAAGAAAGAUAUACUUGGAGCAAAAAAAUGUUUUGAAAAGAUUUUAGAGAUGGAUCCAAGCAAUGUACAAGGAAAACACAAUCUUUGCGUUGUUUAUUUUGAAGAGAAGGACUUAUUAAAAGCCGAAAGAUGCCUAGUUGAAACAUUGGCAUUAGCACCACAUGAAGAAUAUAUUCAGCGUCAUUUGAAUAUAGUCAGGGAUAAAAUUUCUUCAUCUAGUUUAAUAGAACAGCCAGUAUUCCCAGCUGCUAAGACUUCAGGUGUAGGAGAAAAAAUUCUAGCUGAAAAUGUUAAAGAAAUCGGAAGUGAACCCAGACCCACUCAGAUAAUAAAAACAAGUGAUAAUAAAAGUCAGUCUAAAUCCAACAAACAAUUAGGAAAGAUUACAGACAAAGAGACCCCCCACAAAACAACAAAAGAUAUCAAAGAAAUUGAGAAGAAAAGAGUUGCUGCUUUAAAAAGACUGGAAGAAAUUGAACGUAUUUUAAAUGGUGAAUAGCAUUAUUGAUCAUACUACAGUGGUUUCAAAGAACUUCAUCUAUAUCAUGUGAUUGCUUAUACUGGGAGCUCUGAAAAAUAGCAAGGAUUCAAAACAGUCUUUCAUAAGUUGCCUCUACAUAGGGUCAAAAUAAGAUUUUUGUUAAAGACCUGUCUUAUCCCGGAUUAUGUAUUAUAUAAGAUAUGACCGUAGUUUUUUAAGUUUUUGUGACUAUAGCAGAAAUAUUAAGUUAUAGGUGGCAAAUUUGUAGCUUUUAUUAUAGAAGGAAGAUUUGUGUGGCAGAAUAAUCUUGACUACUCUCCAUUAAAAAUCAUCUGAGGCCUGAAUGAUAAUCCCUUGAGGGCACAUUCUGCAUUUGCUAUUUUAUUAGUUGAGUUCCUUUUUCCUUUACCUGUUGGAAUCUGGCUUUGGAUUGAAAACACUUACUGAAUACAUUCUUUUUUCUUCAGUGACCUGUUUAAUCAAGGGACUUUCACUACAAAAGAAUACUGGCUUUAUGUUGUAUUCUUUUGUUGCUUUUUAGAAGGAAUGCUAUGUGAAACAUUUUUAAAUAAGUCAUAUGACAUAUGAGCUCAAGAAUGUAUUUUCAUAGUUGUGUGCUUUUCCUUCACUCAUGUAGUUUUUAAUCAGGUAGAGUUUUAAAUUACAUAAAUAUACACAUAUAACAUUCCUAAUGGUGCUCAUAUAUACUGUAUUUUCAUUUUUUUACACACAGAAUUUCACAGCAUGAACCACAUAAUCAUAAUUAUCUUUGACUUACACUCCAGACUAUUCGUGUUUCUUAGGGUCACAGUCAUUGAGAAGUCUCAAUAACUUUAUUUAAACUUUUGAGUUAAAACAGUUUCUCUUUCAUCUUAGUGUUGUCUCUCUUGUGUUAUUUAAAUUUUAAUUAUGUUUCCAAAAACACAACUUUUAUCAUUCUUAGAUACCUUAAGCAACUAAACUGAGUUCUGUUUAACUGAAGUCAAACAAUGUGACAAAGUUUAUUUUUAAACACUAAGUUCUUGAUAUCUUGUUAUGGUGUAUAUUUUUAUUAAAUAUUUAUUUUGACUACUGAGCUUUCAUAAAAAUUUUAAAGUUGUUUUAAUUUUAUCAAGUAUGGAAAACAAAUUGCUAUUGCAUUUUCUUAUAUGUGCAUAUUGUACAGUUUAAGUAAAAUUCCAUCAUCCUUGGCCUACUGUCUAGCUAUGAAAGAUAAUUAGCCUAAUAUAAGAUUAAUAAAUUAGUCAGUUGGUUUUAGCACAUUUAAACGUGAAAACUUUUCUGCUAAAGAGUAGAUACAAAUAUUUAUUAAUUUAAAUCUAAUUUUCUUAAAAUGCAUUUCAGAUGAGUUUCAUAAUAAUAAAGUUGGUUUUGAUAUAAAAUAUUAAAGCUAUAGCUAUCCUGAGGUAGUAACAAAUAUCUAAUUAUGCAGUAUUUCAAAAACUUUCUUUCAAGAUAACUAAUUUCUAAUUGUUUCAAAAAACAUUCCCGUAACUUUUUUUAAAGAAAUAUUUUAUAAAUAGGUCACAGGAAACUUGGUCUGCAUUAAAGACCCAUUCUAACUAGGUUCCCUAAGGCACUCUCAUAGAUUUUUUUUUUUUUUUUGGCAAUUUAAAGCAAGCACUGACACUAAUGGUAGUUCAUUCUUGAUGCAGGAGAUUCUGUUAAAUCAUUAAAGCAAUACCUAAUUUCAGUUCUUAUAUUAUGGUUUUGUGACUCCAGAUACAAGGUGGAGAAUACCUCAUAUAGUAUGACUUGAAAAGUGAAAUCUAUAUUAUUAUUAUGUUUUCAUAUAUCUUGAGAAAGUUUCUCAGUGUGUUCCUUUACAGUGGUGAGUAUAGUUCAGAAAAGAAGGAAAUCUUUCAUGAAAGACCAUAAUAAAAGCUUUGAGUAAUAUUUUAAUAAAGUUAUAUACCCAUUCAAAAGAUAAACGAUAUAUUGUUAAAUAAUUUUUAUAGAAAAAAAUUUCCUCCUUAUUAAUACUUAUAACAGUGCCUACCAUGUAGGAAGUGCUCAUAAUUUAAAUUUCAUAUAUUUAAAUCAAAUCCAUUCUGAGUAAUGAUUCUUCCAAAGCAGUGUUUCUCAACCCUUGCUUUAUAUUAGAAUCUGGAGGGCUCUUAAUAUGGACCCCCUCCCACAACAAUUAAAUCUGAAUUUUUAGGAAUGGAAUCAUUGUUUUUCUAAAACUGCUCCAAGUGAUUCUAAUUUGCGAUCAGGGUUACAAUCACUGCUCUAAAUUCAAGAAAGUCCUUUUAUGUCUCCUGUAAUAACUUUUUAAAUGAGUAAUAUAACCCAAUUAAGUUUUGAUGUUUUAAGUUCCAUUAAGGAAUAUGUUCUAAUAACUAAUAAAGUAAGUCCUCAUGUAACAUCAUCAGUUGGUUCUUAGAAACUGACUUUAAGCGAAACUAUGUAUAAUGAAACCAAUUUUACCACAGGCUGAUUUUAGGUUUAUAUGGCAUAUUUCUGGUCACAAAAACAUCACCCAACUUCUAAAUAAAGACCCCAAAACACUUCUAGUAUUAAAUAUUGAAAUAAAUGUAAGCUAUACAUACAUUUAAUAAAGUAACAAAAACAAGUAAAAUGAUUUUCCAACCCACUUAGUUCAGGAUCCAGGGGCGUCAGAGCCACUUGGGCACAGGUGGUCACCAACCUUGGACAGGGCGCACUCACACCCACACUUAGUAAGACUGAGACAGUUUAGACACCAAUUAACCUCACCUGCAUAUCUUUGAGAUGUGAGAGGAAACAACACCCAGAAAAAAAACCCAUGCAGACAUGGAGAGAAUGUGCAAACUCCACACAGACGGUGGCCCCAGGAGGGAAUCAGUUUUUUUCUUUUAUCAAUGUUAUAACUCUAGGACGUUGAACAAAACAUUUCUUGAGGACCUGCUGUAUUUAUUUCAUAAGUUCCACCAAGCUUACUUAUAUGUAAGAUGAUUAUUUCUCUUUAAACUCAACAAUAGAAAUUUUAUUCAAGCUGUUCAGGUGCAAAAAGAUAAUGCUACACGCUCCCCUCCGCCCCGUGUGGAACUACCUUUUUGGGAAAAUAGAGGGUAAGGACAUUUUAGUCCAGUUCACUAACCUAUGGUUCAGAGUUGUGAGCAUCUAUAAGUUUGUAAAAGAAAGCUUAUAGGUUUGUGUGCUAGUGAAGGAUAUAGUUUUAGUUCUCUCUGCUUUACAAAAGAAUGUACUCUCUUGGAGUUCUAGGAAAGCUUUGACAAUCCCCAAGAGGCAAUUAUGUUUCUCUUUCACUGCUGCUAGGAAGAAUUAAGUUCUUGUGUUGCUUAUGUGUGUUUCCUUAUUUACAUUCAAAAUUAGGAACAUUAUAAUUCUUCUAGUAAGUAAUUUUAUGGGGAUAAAAUGUUUGCAAUUUUGUGUUUGCUUUUAUGUAAAUACUUGGUAUGCGAAUUACACAAUUUUAUUAAAACUUCAUGGCUUUCAUUAUAUCUAAUUUGAGCUCUCAACUUCAAGUUACAGAAUACUUCUUUAAAGAUGUUUCAAUGAAAAAUAUGAAAAUAUAUAGAUUUGUAUGUCAGUUUAUACUUCAGAAAUCCAUAUAUUUGUCAUACUUAUUUUUUUAAAAACCUUACUGUCUGUAUGACUAAACGGUUUUUAAAAUGAACUCACCCCCUCAAAUUAUCUGGUACCUUUCUCUAAAAUUUUAUCUGUUAGGAGCUGUCAGCCAUCUAUGUCAAAGGUUUAUAAGAAAGGAGUUUAAAAUUCUUUGUAUUUUAUAUUACUGUGGUGUCUGUGUGUACCAUAUUUCUAAAUAUUCAGUAUUAAAUUGAUACUUUUUAAAGCCUUAA